AUGUCACAAUCACAGUCAAUCAUUGUUCUAUCAUCGUCGUGUGGCAGCGAUGAAUUUCCAUCCAUCGAUACUGAUUUCUCUUCGUCCUCAAGAAGCGCUUCGAAUGAUCCUUCGUCGUCGUCCUACUUGGCAUCGCUGCCGCUGGUUUGCGACAUUUUGAUGCUGCCAGAGCGCCCAGACGAAACCAAGGAGGCCUUGUCGCUUUCAAAAAAGUGGCUAAAUCCAUGUGGACUUGACAAUGUCAUUCGGGUACAAAACCUGCAGACUGGCGCCAUGUUGAUGAGCUUGACUUCUUGCCACGUCGUUGCUGUCGCCAACGAACAAACGAGUCAUCCAGUCGCUUUGCCAGUCCAGCCUGUUCCAUCCACCUUUUUCCUUGACUGGCAAGGAGAAACAAGCGAAGUAGAUCGAGAGUCCAAUCUCAGCGUGACAUUUGGCUUUGAAACUGCCCAAAAGCAAUGGAACGAAUUGUUGAAAGAACAACAAGAACAUGCCGCCGCCGCCAAAACGAGAGUGACUCAUAAUGACAAAGACGACAUUCAAAAAGCUGAAAAGCCUGCAAAGUACGAUCCUAACGACAAUGUACACACAGGUUGCCCCCCUCGGGAAGAUUCGUGUGACAUAAAUCUGGAACCAUUCUACCAAGAUUUGAUUCGGUCUUCAUUCACCAAGCUAACGAAAGAAGGCUCCCACGUCUCGGAUGAUCCACAAGUGGUAUUAAAACAUCUACAAAUGAUGACAGAAAAAGAAGCACAAGACCUGGAUCGAAUAUUGAAGGUUCUCGGCGUUGUGGGACUUUUUCUACUAGGACUACUUUGGUGGUCUGGCCGCGAAAUGUUUCGAGCUUCGCGAAAGGAGUCCUUUCAAAUCAAACGAAUUCAAUACGCCAUUCAAGAAAUGGAGCAAGAUGUCAAGAGACAAAAGGCUCGUCGUAGCCUUUCAUCUCCAUCUGUUGUUAUGCCGAAAGAAACAAGAAGUGCUCUGCAGCCACCAAAGUCCACACGGCGUGCUCUGAGCUUUGUGACCCUACAAUCGAAACAAGCCACCGGUGACACGCCUCCUUGCGACCUUCAAACUCCUGCUCCUUUGCCCCAAGCGACGCAUGACGAUUACAUUUGCUAUGCACCAUCAACAGCCGUAUUGCCGGAAGAAGAGCAAGAACCGUUUGAAGUUCUUGACCUCAGUCCCGUCCAAAAGAUUGAUGACGAUGAUUCGACAAUGCAGCUGGAACCCCAAGUCCAGCUCGUCGAAGAAGACCAAGAAGACCAAGGAAUUAAAUCCGACGAAGAAUCGACACCUGUUCUAUUGCUACUCACUACUUCACUUUCAAUCAAUCGCAAGCAUGUAGCGCAUCAAGAGCGAAUGAAGACCCUUCUUGCUUCAAACGAACUGGAUCAACUGGAGAUUGUCGACGGAGCCGACCCUUCCAAAAAGGCACUCCGCGAUGUGCUCUUUCAGCUAUCUGGUCUUCGUGCAGCCUAUCCACAACUCUAUGUGUCGCGAGGGAGCAAGCUUCGCUUUGUUGGCGACAUGGAGAAGGUACAACGUCUUCAUGACGAAGGCUGCAUGACACGGAAGUAUUUGUUCGAUUCCAAUUACCAAGAUUGGCAACACUUGGAAGACAUCAUCGGCAGUGUCCGUGAUAUUGACCAGUCCUUCUCUGCUCAUAAUAGCGUAUUAACAUCAUCCAUUGCCGGUAAUGAAGAUCAGGCCUAUGUGCGAUUUCCUUCGUUGUCAACCUCAGAAUCUCAAAGUGUGGCAAGUGUCGAAGCUGACAGCAGUGACAAAGACGACGAGGUCGAAGCUUCCACCGAUUCGGCAGACUCUCAUUCGGUAUCAACACCAAAUGUGACACCUACCUCCAACGCAUCGGAGAACGGUAGCAUCAUUGGCUCUGGGAGUAUUGUCGAUGGCCACUACGGUGGUAGAGAAGAAUCCAUUGAUUCGGCUGUCUCAGCACCGAAAGCCAAUCAACAACCGUCGGUACCGCCAUGGGAGGCUAAUAGUAUUACCAGUGUUGGAACUGAUAGCGACGCCAUAAAUGGUGUUGUUUGUGAAGAAUUUUCCAUUCAUUCUGCCGUCUCGGUAUCGACACCAACACAGCCAGAUAUCUCUGCUGCAUCGAAUCCUUCCUCUUCCACCACCAGGAGCCUUUCACCCUUUGCUAAAAUGGCCAAAAACUGGAAGGAACGAAAACUUGGGCGAGGUAAGAGCAGCAGACCAAUUCGUUCCAAGCUGCAGCCUUUGGCCCUUCAGUGGAACACUGGCACUGAUCUUCUCUCAAACGAAACUGAUGCCGAUGGAAAUGGCAAAGAUACUCCCACUAAGUUGGAAUUGAAAAGUUCUGAGAAUCUAGGCAAUCGACCCAAACUGGCCCCGAUUGCCAAACUUACACCGACUACCAAACUUGUGCCGCAAGUAAGUACUCUUCCGGGCAAAACAGAUGAUCAAGAAGAAGGAGAAGAAAUCUCAUUGGGUGAUCGUGUCGCUGCACCACCAUCAUUGGAAGUGACAUGUUCUACUCCUGAAAGUCAAGAUACUGCCUCGUUCAUUGAAGACUAUUGGUGGUAA